CUCUCAUUUUUCUCAAUCUCAGACUUAAAAAUUGCACAUCAUUUUUCUGUAAAUUCGUCUACAUUUACUAGUUAAAGAGAAGAAGGUGGAGUGAAGUGGUUGAUGGCGGCGGCGUUGGGGAGGGAUGAUCUGGCGGCGUCGUCGAGCAGCCGGCGGAGCUGGCGGUCUCAGAGCAUAAAGGAGAUAUGGCAGGGGCCGGGGGACGUGUUCACACGGAACAGCACGCGGCGGCAGGACGUGGACGACGAGGCGGAGCUGAGAUGGGCGGCGAUAGAGCGGCUGCCGACUUACGACCGGCUGAGGAAGGGGAUGCUGCAGCAGGUGCUCAGCAACGGGAGAGUGGUGCAGGCCGAGGUGGACGUUACCAACAUGGGUGCGCAGGAUAAGAAGCAGUUGCUGGAUAGCAUUCUCCGGGUUGUGGAGGAUGAUAAUGAGAAGUUUCUCCUCAGCCUCAGGAACAGGACUGACAGGGUGGGGAUUGAGAUUCCGAAGAUCGAAGUGAAAUUCCAGAAUCUGAGUAUUGAGGGGGAUGCGUUUGUUGGAACAAGAGCACUUCCUACUCUGCUCAACUCAACUCUCAAUGCAUUGGAGGCUGCAAUUGGGAUGAUUGGGCUCUCUCCCUCGAAGAAAAGGGUUGUUAAGAUACUUCAAGAUGUUAGUGGUAUUGUAAGACCAUCAAGGAUGGCAUUGCUUCUGGGACCACCAAGUUCCGGGAAAACAACGUUGCUAAAAGCUCUAGCUGGGAAACCUGAUGAUGAUAUGAGGGUGACUGGGAAAGUCACCUACUGCGGCCACGAGUUUCAUGAAUUUGUUCCCCAAAGAACUUGUGCUUACAUCAGUCAGAAUGAUCUCCACUAUGGUGAGAUGACGGUUCGUGAGACAUUGGAUUUCUCAGGUAGAUGCUUGGGAGUUGGGACGAGGUAUGAUCUGCUGACUGAGUUGUCAAGAAGAGAGAAAGAAGCUGGCAUCAAACCUGAUCCGGAGAUUGAUGCAUUCAUGAAAGCCACUGCUGUAGUUGGCCAGGAAACAAGCUUGAUCACAGACUACUCCCUCAAGAUUCUUGGAUUGGAUAUCUGCGCGGAUAUCAUGGUUGGAGAUGAAAUGAGAAGGGGCAUUUCUGGUGGACAAAAGAAGCGUGUCACUACCGGGGAAAUGUUGGUAGGACCAGCAAAAGCAUUCUUCAUGGAUGAGAUAUCGACUGGAUUAGACAGUUCCACCACGUUCCAGAUUGUAAAAUUCAUGAGACAGAUGGUUCACAUCAUGGAUGUAACCAUGGUGAUCUCUCUUUUGCAGCCUGCUCCAGAGACAUUCGAGCUUUUUGAUGAUGUGAUCCUCAUCUCGGAUGGCCAGAUAGUCUACCAGGGGCCACGGGAGAAUGUUCUCGAAUUCUUUGAGUUUAUGGGAUUCAAAUGUCCAGAGAGGAAGGGAGUUGCAGACUUUCUGCAAGAAGUUACUUCUAAAAAGGAUCAAGAACAGUACUGGUGCAGAAAGGAUCAGCCUUACCGUUAUAUAUCCGUACCUGAGUUUGUAGAGGGCUAUAGCUCAUUCCGCAUUGGGCAACAGCUUGCUGCAGAGCUUCGUGUCCCAUAUGAUAAGACGCGGAUGCAUCCUGCAGCACUGGUGAAGGAGAAAUAUGGAAUCUCCAACUGGGAGCUCUUCAGGGCCUGCUUCUCGAGGGAAUGGCUCUUGAUGAAGCGCAGCUCGUUUGUGUACAUCUUCAAGACUACACAAAUCACAAUAAUGGCAACCAUUGCCUUGACAGUUUUCUUGAGGACUGAAAUGAAGACUGGUCAAGUCGAAGAUGCUGCCAAGUUUUGGGGUGCAUUGUUCUUCAGUCUCAUCAACAUCAUGUUCAAUGGGAUGCAAGAGCUUGCCAUGACUGUUUUCAGGCUUCCUGUGUUCUACAAACAGAGGGACUCUUUGUUCUAUCCUGCAUGGGCCUUUGCUUUGCCAUUUUGGGCGCUCCGGAUUCCUCUCUCCGUGCUUGAGUCUGGACUGUGGGUUGUCCUUACAUACUACACCAUCGGCUUUGCACCUUCUGCAGCUAGGUUUUUCAAACAACUCUUGGCGUUCAUCGGGGUGCACCAAAUGGCUCUCUCUUUGUUCCGUUUCAUUGCUGCAGCUGGAAGAACCAUGGUGGUUUCCAAUGUUCUUGGAAGCUUCGUUUUGCUGCUGGUUUUCGUGCUGGGAGGCUUCAUUGUCUCAAAAGAUGAUAUCAAAGAUUGGAUGAUUUGGGGAUACUACAUAUCUCCUAUGAUGUAUGGACAGAAUGCUAUUGCCAUUAAUGAGUUUCUUUCUGAGAGAUGGAGUACACCUAUUAAUGGCACUGAAAACACAGUUGGAAAGACCCUUUUGAGGGACAGAGGUUUAUUUACCACCGAGUCGUGGUACUGGAUAUGCAUCAUAGCUCUCUUCUCAUUCUCUGUCCUAUUCAACAUUUUCUUCAUCCUCGCCUUGACAUAUUUGAAACCUGUUGGUGAUAAUAAGGCCAUCAUAACAGAUGACAACAAGAAGAGCGGAAAAAAAACCCAAAGUAGUAAUGUUGAGGGUUUGCAAAUGGCCAUUAGAAACCCUAGCACAGGCACUAGUGAGCCGCGAAGAGGGAUGGUUUUGCCAUUUGAGCCCCUCUCUCUUACAUUCAAUCAUGUGAACUACUAUGUCGAUAUGCCAGCUGAAAUGAAAACUCAGGGGGUUGAAGAAGACAGGCUUCAGCUGCUGCGAGAUGUUAGUGGUGCUUUCAGGCCGGGCGUGCUGACAGCUUUGGUAGGCGUCAGUGGAGCAGGAAAGACAACGUUGAUGGAUGUGUUGGCCGGUAGAAAGACUGGAGGCUACAUUGAAGGAGAUAUACAUGUCUCGGGCUAUGUAAAGAACCAAGAAACAUUUGCUCGAGUCAGUGGUUACUGUGAGCAGAACGACAUCCAUUCUCCUUAUGUUACUGUCUAUGAAUCACUCCUCUACUCUGCAUGGCUGCGUCUAUCUGCAGAUGUGAAGAAAGAAACUCGAAAGAUGUUUGUGGAGGAGGUGAUGGACUUGGUGGAACUUAACCCUUUGAGGAAUGCAAUUGUUGGGCUUCCAGGAGUAAAUGGCCUUUCGACUGAAAGGAGGAAGAGGCUGACCAUUGCUGUCGAGUUAGUUGCCAAUCCAUCCAUUAUAUUCAUGGAUGAGCCCACAUCAGGGCUCGAUGCACGAGCUGCCGCCAUUGUCAUGCGUACAGUGAGGAACACGGUGGACACGGGGCGUACAGUUGUUUGCACCAUCCAUCAACCUAGUAUAGAUAUCUUUGAAGCUUUUGAUGAGCUUCUGUUGAUGAAGAGAGGAGGGCAAGUCAUCUACACUGGACCACUCGGCCGCCACUCUCACAAACUUGUUGAAUAUUUUGAGGCCGUGCCUGAUGUUCCGAAGAUUAAAGAGGGGCAGAAUCCAGCUACUUGGAUGUUGGAGAUCAGCUCGGCUGCAGCUGAAACUCAACUUGGUGUUGAUUUUGCAGAUAUUUACGCCAACUCUGCUCUUUAUCAGAGGAACCAGGAACUGAUCAAGGAGCUAAGCAGUCCAGCACCGGGGUCAAAGGACCUCUCCUUUCCCACACAGUAUUCACAAUCCUUCACAACUCAGUGCAUUGCUUGUUUCUGGAAGCAGAAUCAGUCAUACUGGAGGAACUCCGAGUUCAAUGCCAUUCGUUUCUUUACAACAAUCGUCAUUGGUGUUAUGUUCGGUGUUAUCUUCUGGAAGAAAGGGGAUCAAAUACAUAGGCAGCAGGACUUGCUCAAUCUGCUAGGAGCUGCUUACGCUGCUGUGCUUUUCCUCGGAGCCACCAAUGCCCAUGCAGUCCAAUCUGUGGUGGCGAUUGAGAGAACUGUGUUCUACCGCGAAAGAGCUGCAGGAAUGUAUUCUGAGCUUCCCUACGCAUUUGCACAGGUCGCGAUAGAGACAAUCUACAUCGCCAUUCAGACAUUUGGCUACUCUCUGAUGUUGUAUGCAAUGAUCGGAUUCCCAUGGAAUGUGGGGAAAUUCUUCUAUUUCUACUACUUUAUAUUCAUGUGCUUCACCUACUUCUCAAUGUACGGAAUGAUGGUUGUGGCACUGACUCCGGGCUUCCAAAUCGCGGCCAUUGUCUCCUCAUUCUUCCUAAGCUUCUGGAACUUGUUUUCCGGCUUCAUGAUCCCACGCCCGCUUAUCCCAAUCUGGUGGAGGUGGUACUACUGGGCUUCUCCGGUUGCCUGGACUAUCUACGGCAUGUUUGCUUCUCUGUUAGGCGACCUGAAAACUGAAAUCGAGCUCCCCGGAUCCCCUAUAAAGAUGAGGGUGAAUGAUUUCCUUAAAAAUAACUUAGGCUAUGAUCAUGAUUUUCUGAUCCCUGUUGUGAUUGCCCAUGUUGGCUGGGUUCUGCUCUUCUUCUUCGUCUUUGCCUACGGCAUCAAGUAUCUCAACUUCCAAAGGAGAUGAUCAGCUUUUCUUCUCCCCAUUGGAAACAAUAGGGUGCAGUGUGCAUAUGUUAGGCUUUUCUUCUCUUGUUGUAUAGCUUUGCUAUUCUUUUUUUGUCUUGGUGUUACCAAAUAAUAUUCUGUAUUUUCUUUUUGUAUCACAUGGAAUCGAUUUAUUUUCAUUUAUUUAUCCAAGUUUUGGUAUUGAUAUA